UAACUCGUUGCUUUGAUCACUUUUCCUUUGUUCUUACUUGUUUUUCUUGUUUCUUUUAAUCAUUUUCCAUCUGGGUUUUCCUUAUUUUGAUCCAUUUUCACUUGAAACUUCACUACCCAUUUGAGAUUUAUCUGUUAUACAACUUGGGUUGGCUUCAGAUAUUUGAAAAAGCCAACAUGCUGGAUCCAAGUGAGAAAGGAUCAGAUUCUGAAGAUCAAAGUAAUGGACACCCAGGAAUGAUUUCACUAAAGGGAUCUCAAAAUCAAAGCGUCUUCAAUGAACAAAUCAGGAAAACUUGUGCUGAUUGUGGUACUUCUAAAACCCCUCUCUGGAGAGGCGGCCCAGCUGGUCCAAAGUCAUUAUGCAAUGCAUGCGGGAUCAGAAGCAGGAAGAAGAGGAGGGCAAUCAUAGGGUUAAAGAAGGGAGAAGACAAGAAAUCAAAGAAGUCAUCAAAUAACCCUAAAAAUUUUAGGGACAACUUGAAGCAAAGAUUGAUGUCACUGGGAAGAGAAGUUUUGAUGCAGAGAUCAACGGUUGAAAAUCAAAGGAGAAAAUUGGGUGAAGAAGAACAAGCUGCUGUUCUUUUAAUGGCACUCUCUUGGGGCUAUGUUUAUGCUUAAUCUAUUCUUUUAGAGCUAAACACUAGGAUCUUCCAUGGGUAUCUAACCAUUAUUAAGUGUAAUCUCUGGUGAUUUAUAAAUUCUUUUAGUACUAAUCAAGUGUAAGAAAAUUUUGAAUGUUC